AUGUCCCUCAGCCCACUAAUCCCAUCCCUACCCCCAAUGUCCCCCCUCCAAACCCAUCUCCCCACCUCCCUCCUCCUCACCUGCGCCGCCACCGCCGUCUCCAUCCCCAUCCUCGUACAAACCCUCCUCACCCACCUCUCCGCCUACCACACCGCACCCCAAGACCUCAGCACCUACCUCUCCGUCCUCGAAUCCAGCAUUUCCGAAAACGCCUCGUACGAUCAUGACAUUAGUCGAAUAUCCAAACUCGAAGAUAAACUGCGCCUCGCGGGCAUGGUGCGAGAAAUCCAAAAAUGCGGCGAUGAAUUGCGGGAUUUGUUGGAUAAGAUGGUUAGUAAAGAAGAUCACAAGAGAUUAAAACUCGGGUCGAGGAUAUUAUGGGGCACGACCCGACGGGAUCUCGAAGAGCGCGUCCGGAAAUUGGAUUUAUUACGCAUGAGGUUUCUGGUGGUGUAUUUAGGAAUGGUGGCGGCGAAAACCGAAGUGGUGCUGAAGGAAAAGGAGAGGGAGAAGGAGAGGGAAAAAGAAGAUGCGGAUAAGGUUUCCGGAAUGGGGUUCGGACCGCUGGGUUCUCCUAUUCGGACUAGGACGCUACCGAGUAAUUUGAGCGAGAAUAUUAAACGCACGCCACCGCUACGCAGAAUUACUAGUAAUGCUAUAGGGCAUAAUGAGGGAACGGGAAGUCCGCAGAGGAGUGGAUGGAUGGGGGUCGUGAGUGAGCUGCAGAGUAGUCCUUUGAUGCAUAAGAGGAGAGCUUCGGUGGAACAGUCUUCCUCGGUGGGAAGUCCGAGGAGUGAGCGAUUUGCUCAGUUUCCUUAG